GUUUAAUUUAACCGGAAGCAUCUGUGAAAGAACUUCUUGCUAGCUAAAAUCAACACACAUAGACGCAUAAAUGCUGUGUUCAUCUGAAUGAAAUUUCCCUCCUAUCUACGAUAAGUGGGUUGUUAAAAAGGAUACUGAUGUCAUUUUGCGAGAAUGGCCAAUGAAACCCGGGCUGACUGGUCGAAUACGUUAAAACGAAGGUUAGCAAACACAACCAGAGAUGAGAGGAGCGAAGAAGAAAAGAAAGCCGAAGAAAUUGAGUUAUUUACCAAAUAUUACUCUGAAUGGAAGGGGGGUGGCCACAAAAAUAAGUCCUACAAGAGCAUUCCUCGAUUCUACUUCAAGCUACCAACAGAAGAUGAAGUUUUACUCCAGAAGCUGAGAGAAGAAUCCAGAGCUGUCUUUCUGCAGAGGAAGAGCCGAGAGCUGCUGGAUAAUGAGGAGCUCCAGAAUCUGUGGUUUCUACUUGACAAGCACCAGGUGCCACCAGUGAAUAGUGAAGAGGCCAUGAUCAGCUAUGAAGCCUUCCUGCAGGUCGGCGACAUGGCUGGGCCCAAGUGCAAAAAGUUCUUUACAGCCAGAGUGUAUGCCAAGCUGCUCCACAGCGACCCUUACGGCAGGAUCUCUAUCAUGCAGUUCUUCAAUUACGUCAUGAGGAAAGUGUGGCUGCAUCAGACCCGGAUAGGCCUGAGUCUGUAUGAUGUGGCGGGACAGGGCUACCUCAGAGAGUCUGAUUUGGAGAACUACAUCUUGGAGUUAAUCCCCACGCUGCCUCAACUGGACGGACUAGAGAAGUCAUUUUACUCUUUCUAUGUCUGCACUGCCGUUCGCAAGUUUUUCUUCUUCCUUGACCCACUCCGGACAGGAAAGAUUAAAAUCCAAGACAUUUUGGCCUGCAGUUUUCUCGAUGAUUUAUUAGAGUUAAGAGAUGAAGAGUUGUCGAAAGAGAGUCAGGAAUCCAACUGGUUUUCAGCACCGUCAGCUCUCCGAGUGUAUGGCCAGUACCUCAAUCUUGACAAGGACCACAAUGGCAUGUUGAGCAAGGAGGAGCUGUCCCGCUAUGGCACAGCCACUCUAACCUCAGUCUUCCUGGACCGAGUGUUUCAAGAGUGCCUCACUUACGACGGUGAAAUGGAUUAUAAAACGUAUUUAGACUUUGUGUUGGCCUUGGAAAACAAGAAGGAGCCAGCAGCGUUGCAGUACAUAUUUAAACUUUUGGACAUGGACAAUAAAGGAUACCUCAAUGCCUUCUACCUCAACUACUUCUUCAGGGCCAUUCAGGAGCAGAUGAAAGUGCACUGUCAAGUCCCCGUCUCCUUCCAGGAUGUUAAGGAUGAGAUCUUUGACAUGGUGAAGCCUAAAGACCCCGAAAAGAUCACACUCCAAGACUUGGUAAACAGUUGCCAGGGUGACACGGUCACCAGCAUCCUGAUUGACCUCAAUGGCUUCUGGACUUACGAGAACAGAGAGGUGCCGGUCGCCAACGACAGCGACGGCAGCAAUGCAGCCAACAUAGACGACUCCUAAGCAAGAUGACCAGGGAGUUAAAGUUUUCACUCCUCAAACAGCAGCACUGAGCAACAUUUGUGCUCCUCUUCAUCUGUGUCCCUCCUUUUAUUUUGUACAGAACUAUGCAUAUAAUUCUGUAAAUACGUUAAUGCCCUUCUCACGUGCCUAACUUUGUCCAAAUACGAAGCGCCAUCAUCAACACCUUCAAGCUUGACUGAAGUGAAUAUUUCAUAAUCACUAUAGAAUAGCUCACAGAGGCCCAAAGAAUGCUCAGGUCGUUUUUGUGAAGCUUAAAUUUGGGGGAACACUGCUCAUGUCCUCUCAGUCUUAGCCUAGUCCUUCAUUGACGGUUAUUGCACUCGGGGGUUUUUGUCUAUAUGACAGAAUACAACAAAACUGGAGAAACAAAACCCAUUUUAAAUUUUACGGUAACAAUAACAUCCGAGGUUUGACGUCACACAUUGCACUUAUACUUAGAAACAUAAAAUAACUUCCAUACAUCAGAGUAAUGAGAAAAUGUGUUUAGCAUAACAUGCUGUAAUAUAAAGACACAAACAAAACACUAGGAACCUUGCAUGUCGCCUACGCAUACUGUAAAUAAAGCUGGAGUUUCACAACUGAUAUUCCCGUAUAUUUAUGACUAAUUUUAGCAAUUGAACAGACAAUUGUGCGUGUGAUGGGCCAUAAAAUGGAAUAAUUCUGACAUGUUUUGGAGAGAACAAUCAUUAGACCUGAGAAUUGACUGAGUUAGUUCUGUUGUGAAGAACUGGCAAGUUGUUGGGAGGUUUGUCCAUGUUAUUUUGAGAAUGUAAUUUCUGUUUCAAGAAAUGAGCCCAACCAAUGCAGGAAAAACUGUAAUAUAGCAUUGUCGUUGGACGCUAAAAACUACAGGGUACCAAAACUUUUGAAAAAGAGCAUGGGACAUGUCCCCAUGUUCCUCCCACCAAAUCACGUCCGUGCAUCUUUUACUCAUACCUGCUAAGUGAAGAAAAAGAGGCGGCAUUUUUGAGGGUUUUCUGGCGUGUGACCUGCUGAGGAACAUUAUCUUCUCGUCAUGGAAACACAGACGCUCAACUUUCCACAUGAGUGUUUUCCUCACCUGAAUUCUAAUUUGAGACUGAGAUCAGGGCAUUCAGAAAUCAAUGUGGGCGUUUCCUCCACAUCAUUUUACACAUACACACAAGUCACCAUAUUAGCGGCUAUGAUUGUUGCUUUUUGUUGGUUUUAGCAGAUGACAUCUGUGACUUUGCUGGCAUUUUUAGACAUGCACAGCAAGUUUCCUUUUUCCACCUGGGCUCAAAUAGACACACACACACACACACACACACAGUGACAAAAGGUGGGGUGAGUAGGGGUGAACACUGUUUCUCUCCAUGUUGUCAUGGUUUCCGUCACCAUCGCCCCCACCGCACACACACACUGUGGUUAAAGCAGAAGUUCUAACAAAUUCUACCCGACUUGAGUUUCUGGUCCACCACAUAAAAUUGAGCUUUGAGCAGCAGCAGCUUGACCUCUGACCACUGAAGAGCCUCCAAUGUCACUUCCUGUGGCUGCUUCUAGCAAAUCAGUCGCUGACAGGAAGAUGCUCCUUUCCCACAAUGCGCUUCUAAGAAGUCCGAGUGUGCUUCCCCGCGGUGCUUUUUGUCAGGUCACGUGACACAUGCCAGUUUUUAUUGUGCAGCAAUCAGUAAAUACAAGAAUCAAUAAAUUAAGGCAAUACCAGCACCACGUGUUAAAUUAUGACUUUAAAUAGCGAAUAAAUAGGAGUGAUGGUCAGUUUGAAAUAAAUAAAAUCGUCAGUGAGCUUUGCUUCUGGUGCAGAAGCUUCUGAGCCACUUUGCUUGUCU